AUGCACUCUGAUACUUAUUUGAAUGCCAUGAAGGAAGCAAGUACAACUGUUUCGGGCAAGUCUGAUUUGAUGAUGUCUGUUUCACAAAGUGAAAGUGAGCAAUAUAAAAGUGAAGAAGGUUUGAUUUCAUGGCAGAAAAGCAUGAGGGGUGGAUUACUCCACGUAUCUCUCGCUAAUUUUGACUGUCCUCAAUGGUCACGAUUUUUCUUCGCAGUAAGGAACUUGAACAAGUUUACAGAAACGAUAAACUUAUUUGUUGAAGGUAAAGUCAGUGAAGCAGUUGAAAGCAAUGGUUCUAGGAGUGUGGAUAUUAUUGCGCGAUGUAAUUAA